UAGCAAAUAAAUAAUAUUUUCUCUCAUCAAGAUUCCAGGCUUGAUAAAGCUCAGCUUCACUCUUGCAUCUGACCGACUCAGCCACGGAGUGCCAGUAGACUGGAAGAAGAAAUUCCCGUUCGGCACUUCUGAAAGUCGCAAGGAGUCAAGGUCGCAGACGGCCAAUCGCAGUCCCGCAGCUCCCGGCACGCCGCCGCACGCUCCUACUGCGUGGUAGUCUGGUUCUCACAAUCUCGUUUCUCAGCUUGUGCCCUUGUUGGAGUUCUGUCUGAGUGGCUACCUUCAGUAGCUCUGUUAAUGGCCCCUGUUCCCAGGGACCAGUGUGCUGCUGAGAGAUUUGACACUUAUGAUUGGAUAAGUCACCUUCCGGAUGACAUUCUCAUUGUGAUAUUGUCUUCCCUUCCGCUAAAGGAAGCUGGGCGCACGAGUAUUCUUUCAUCACGUUGGAAGAACUUGUGGAAACAAACCUCGUGCCUCAAUUUUGAUGCCAGCAGUGCAUUGGACAUGAUUGCUCGAGAUCGCAAGCUACGGUGUGAGGAGAGGCGCAAAUAUGUAAGAUGGGUGAACUCUGUCCUGAAAUCUGCACCACACAAAGGGGCAAUCACCUUAAAACACUUCAGGAUCUGUUUUGAUGUAGGAAAAGCAUUCUCUGGGACCAUUACGAAGUGGCUUAUGUUUGCUUUUAAGAGACGGGUUGAGAGCUUGGAGUUGAACCUUCUAGAAUAUGGCGAUUAUGGAUCAUGGAAACCAUAUGUCUUCCCUGAAGACAUCUUCUUCCGAAACAGCAGUGACAUCCCUUACCAAACUACUCCACUUUUCAACUUCAAUUCCCUGAAAGCGCUGUGCUUGAAGAAUGUUUUGAUCAGUGAAGAAGCUAUUGAGCUUUUCUUGCGCAACUGCCCAUCACUGGAGCAAUUAGAUCUUCAAGACAUAGAUCAAUUAAUAAAUCUUGAAGUUUGUGGUCCAUCUCUCCUGUUAAAAAGCCUCUAUGCACAGUAUUGCUAUGAUUUGGUAUCCAUUAAGAUAUCCGCACCAAACCUUACUUCACUUUCAGUUUUGACACCCAAAGGACUCGUGCUUGAGAAUGUUCCAAUGCUGGUCAAUUUAAAUAUUAGCUGUAACGAAGCUCACAUCCCAUUGUUAGUUCCUGCACUAUCUUGUUGCUUUGCCCAAUUGGAGAUUCUUACCCUGCGGCUGCUCGUGUAUGAGGCAUCUGAUAUUGGGCGGUUCAACUUCCCUGAGAUGCCUAAGUUGAAGAAGUUGGUUUUAAGUUAUGGCGGAGGGGCCGGAGACCAUGAUGAAAGUCUUCUCGGGCUAAUGACAUUCAUUAGGAUAUCUCCCAAGCUAGAAGAGUUUGUGUUAAUGAUUUUGUGGGGCGCGAAAAUUUCAUGGGCUAGCAGAGAAGUGAAUAAGGGGGCACCAUUUCUACACCAACACCUUAAGGUGUUCCAGUACUCAGGCUAUUACGGCCGAUGCAUUGAUCUGGAAGUAGUGAUGUUCAUUUUGGAAAAUUGUGUUGGGCUUCAACAAAUCAUUAUCGAUCCAUCUGUGCCGUCCAUUUUUUUGCAUGAGCCGCCAGAUCCUAGUGAAUUGGAACAGGAAGAAGUUGGCAGAAGUUAUGCGAAGCAACACCUGAAACCAAUAAUCCCUCCUCACAUUACAUUGGCUAUCCGAUAGAUCCUUUCUUGCUGCUGCUGGUCUACACCACAGGUCACCAGCCAUCUGGAGUAUAUAGCUCUUCUCCCCUUAGCUUUAUUUAUUUGUUUAAGCAUUUAUUAUUACCCGUUUGGUGGACUAAAGUAUUCGUGCGAUUGGUGUUAGCUUUGUGUACUUGUUGUAAAGGAAAAGAAGUUUGUGGAUAUUGAAAUAAUUGUCCAUGAUUACCAAAAUGAUAGGGAUCUUCUAAAAGAAAGAAAAAUAAUAACAUUCUUUAAAGGAAAAGAAGUUUGUAAAGGAAAAGAAGUUUGUAUAUAUUGAACAUUUGUCCGGAUAUAUAAACACAUGUCAUCUGGAUAUUUCAUAACACCAUUCUAAGAUGAAACUAAAUACUUUUAAUGCUGGUCGGUUUAAAUUUCAAUAUUUGUCCGGACAAAAAAGAAAUUAAAUCUUUGAAGAAAUCUUCUAAUCCAUUUUUGGUAAUCAUUUUGGUAAAGGAAAAGAAGUUUGUAAAGGAAAAGAAGUUUGUGGAUAUUGAAUAUUUGUCCAUGAUUACCAAAAGUAGCAUGAAACAACAAUAGAGAUGUUUGAAAAUAGCAAACUUAUAAUAGGCCAAUGAUUGAAUCGAGAAAGUAGUUUACCUCCGCCGGGAGCUAUAUGUUAGGGUUCAUGUGAUCGUUCGUAGUUUUUGUAUGUGGACUCCU